GUGUGACGUCACGUGAGCGGCCCGUGUUCGUUCCAGCUGAGCGAAAAGCUCGGACGGCUCAAGCUCAAAGCGUGCGGUAACACACAUGCAGAGAGAACUGAACAGAAGGGGGUGACCACAGGGGGAAAAAAGCGAUUGAGCGACUGCACGGAAAAAAACGUCAACAUCCCACCAAUCGCGCUACGCAGCAGAAAUUGACUCAGCAACACUUCGUUUUGUUUUCAUUUGUCAUUUUCCAGGAGACGCAUUCAAGAGUUCGAGCAGUCAAGUUAUCAUUUGCGUUAUUGGAGUCCUUCUUUCUUCCUGUUUCUUCACCUGAGUCGCUGUAUUUUAUUAAUUUCUUCUCUCUACGUUGCGCUCGGACGUCGUUAUUCUGGACAUUCGUCUAUAUUUCUUCAAAAGUUCCGGCAGAAGAUAAACUGUCAAGUAUUUCUGGGAAUACGAGGAAUGUAUAUUUCUGUCCAUUCGUCUAAUCUACCAUCAAUUGCAAGCAGAAUGGCGCUCUUUGUUUAAAAAGCGUGUCUUCAAAUAAAGUAUCGAACCACGCAAGCAUCUAGCGGUCAAUCCGGCGGACGUUGGAUGAUGGCCAGGCCGCUUUCACAGCUCCUUCCCCCGGACCUUCCCUCUGCCGGAGCCAGUCCGCAGUUUGGCAACAGUAGCCAAGCAGGAGUCACACAUAACGGAGGACACUUAAACUCCACAGGAAACUUAAAAUCUCUCCUGCAGCUUCCAGUCAAAUGCGAUCAGCGCGUCAAAGACUGUGGUGAAAUGAAGGGUAAGGACAGGUUAGAUAUCGAUGAGGACUCUCUUGGUCGUUGUCCUCUGCGCAAUGGCUGCAGCAAUGGACUAGUCACUGACAGCAAUGGAGCAGGAACGGGCAGCUUCUCAAACAACAACAGCAACAACAACAAUUCCUUUCUGGGCCCGUUGCUAUGGGAACGAACAUUGCCCUGUGAUGGCGGGCUGUUUCAGUUGCAGUACAUGGAUCUCGAGGAGUUUCUGACGGAGAACGGGAUGAGCAGCAUGCACAAUACCUCCAACUCCACCUCGGCUCAGAUACCCUCGCAAAGCUCUCAGUCCGCUGUUCCCAACCAGGGCUCCCAGUGCCUCCCCACAUCACCCCCACACUGCUCCUCUUCCUCGUCACCAACAUCCGCCACCGCCUCUUCACCCUCACUGCUCGGGCUGGACAUGCACACGCCGCAGAGCAUGAUGGGAUCUGCAGACUGCUUGCAUGGCACUCCGCCAGGCAGCUUAGAGCCCACGCCUUCACCUUCCUCCACCACAUGUCCACCGCUCCCUACUCCACCCGCCACCAACUGCAAUGAGUUGCUGGCGCCGUUUGACCCUGAUCCAGCAGAUGUGGCGCUGUCCAGUGUACCCGGACAGGAGGCCUUUGAUCCACGCCGACAUCACUUCUCUGAAGAGGACCUCAAACCUCAGCCCAUGAUUAAAAAGGCCCGCAAGAUGCUCGUCCCUGAAGACCUGAAGGAUGAGAAGUAUUGGAGUCGCCGUUGUAAGAACAAUGAGGCAGCGAAACGCUCUCGCGACGCUCGCCGGCUGAAGGAGAACCAGAUCUCAGUGAGGGCCGCGUUCCUGGAGCGUGAAAACGCUGCUCUCAGACAGGAGGUGGCCGAUAUGCGCAAAGAGCUCGGCCGCUGCCGUAACAUCCUCAACAAAUACGAGAGCCACCAUCUGGAUCAGUAAAUGAAGAGGAGGAAAAUGUGAUAAAUGCGAUGAUGGAUGGAGAACGCAAUGAAUGUCCUGUGAUAGACAAGCUAAGAGACAGAGGAAAGUGCAUCGAUUAUAUUGAAAGAUGUAUGAAGACCGCACAAGCUCAAGUUGUAAACUGGAGAGAGAGAGAGAGAGAGAGAGAGAGAGAGAGAGAGAGAGAGCAUGUCACCUCUCUUAAUAGUUUUUCUUUUUCUUUCUUUAUUUCCAGUAAGGUACAAUGGUAAGAUUUUAAUUAUGGAGAGAAUUGUAUAUUUUUAUAUGAUAGAACGGGAAAUGGAAAUUUUUGAAAUUAAUUUUUUGUAUAUUUUCUAUAUCUUCGUGAGGGCUGUAAAGUAGUGAUGGAGGGAACGGGUCGAGGUAUCACUGUAAUAUAAAGUCAGAUUUAUGUGGUAUUUUUGAAUCAAUCAACGCUUAAUCCCAAAGUAUACUUGAGUUUUUACACAUGCGCACGGGUCUUUGUACAGUAACACAAAUUUUGUCAUCAUUCAGGACAGUGUACUGUACACAUGACGCUCGAAUUUUGUAAGCACGCAUACAAUGUACAUGUCGCUAGCACAUGCUUUUGGACAGUUUUUGUACAAUUCUGAACCAGGCCACUGUAAAAACCGCUAGACGCUAAGUGUGAUGGGAUUUUUAUUGCUCAUAGAGAGAAAAGAUGCAGACAGUGGUUGACAAUGACUCAAGUGGAUUAUACUCUGAACGAUUGACUGCUACGUGCUAACGUUGGCAUACAAAACAAAGUAUACUUGGGGCUUUAGCAGUUGAAGACUUUUUAUUGUUGUGAAGGAGAAGAGCGAGCAGCAGAAUUUUAACCUUUUAGAGAUUUAGAAAAGAACUUUCUAGAGAACUUAAACUGUAAAAUACUGAGAAAAAGAUAUACAUUUAAAUUUGUAUAGAAAUGUUAAUAUAGAUUUAUUCAAAAGCACUUGUGAUAAACCUGUUCGUAAUAUUUUGGUGAAGGCGAACAACCAUGAAUGAGGAA